UUAACAUCUUGAGUUACAGAAAACCAUCAAAGUCCUUAGUGCAUACUAUGAGAAAAACAAAUCGUUUCAAAAAUGCUUUAAAUGUUUUUGUUGACUUUUCUGAGAGAAAUGCUUUAUAUUUUAUUUCACGGAAAUCAUGAUUUCUCCAUGUAGUACCUGAAGAUUAUAUAACCGGAAGUUUGAUUGGAGGGAAAUACAAAAAGUAAACUUCUAAGACAUAAAAUACAAAUAUAGUCAUGUUGAAAACCAGUGUAAUGUGUGCAGUUGCUUUGAUAAUUUUAUGGUCAUUAGCACAAUGUGUUGCAGUACAAAAACAAUCAAAAAAUGGUACGUUUGAAAAACUCACUGGUCGAAAUGUUAAAGUUUAUGAGUUUGUAAGAAUAACAAACACAAACCAAAACAGGUCGUGUGAAAAAACUUUGAUAUUUUCCUUUAUUCAGAGUGACUUUGUAUUUUGCCUCAGACACGACUCAACUGUAUUUGCAGAAGACGUUAUUAUCAGUAUUAAGGAUGAAAUUUCGGAACACAAAGAACGUUUGAAAUCGCAAAACCGAAAGCAAAUUUAUAAAGGAAUUGUUAACAACGAUAAAGAAUCCUUUGUGUAUGGAAAGAUAGACGACAGCAAUAAGUUUGAUGGAUAUUUUAUUCUUAAUAAGACAUUCUAUUUUGUAGAGCCAGUAAGUAAUUACAACACGACAGAUAUGUCUGAACUAUGUAUAGUUUACUUGAUAAAUGAGCGAUCAAGUGUUCUUCAUUUUGAUACAAGUGAUGAGAAUUUAACCUCAAAGAAAAAUUAUUCAAAAUGGGAAAUACAUAACAGGAAGUCGAAUUUAAGAUCCUCUUCGCCUAUUCAUCUUGAUUACAACAAAUUUAAAACUAAAACAAGACCAAAACGCUCAGUUAGCGCAAAAUCUUGUACUGUUCAUUUGGUUGCGGAUCACACCUUUUAUGAACAUGUUGGGAAAAAAUCUAUAGGAGCAACAGUAUCUGAACUUGUAUAUCGUUUAGGUGAUGCGGACGUGACCUUUAGGGGAACCGACUUCAACGGCGAUGGAUAUGGUGACAAUAUAGGUUUUCUGAUUUCAAAAAUAACCAUUUUUACGAGCAAACAUUCUACAGAUUAUAAACUUGGCGAUGAAUCACUUGACGUUUACGACUAUCUUGAUACAUUUUCGCAGUAUAAUUUUGACGACUUUUGUUUGGCAGUAGCUUUUACUCAUAGAGAUUUCGAACGUGGCAUUCUUGGCCUCGCUUGGGUUGCUAGUUCAAGUUUUUAUGGUGCAGCGGGUGGUAUAUGUCAAAAACGAAUAAGAUUCUCUGAGGACCAUAAACUUUAUAGUCUUAACACGGCAGUAGUAACUACGAUAAAUUAUGGUGAGCGGAUUUUAAGUUAUGAAUGUUCGCUUGUACUAACUCAUGAAUUGGGACAUAAUUUUGGAAGUUCACAUGACCCUAUUGGGCAUCCCAUCUGCUCACCUGAUGAUGAAAACGGGAACUAUCUUAUGUACGCAUAUGCGAGUGAGGGCUCGAAGCCUAAUCAUAAUAAAUUUUCAACCUGUAGCAUAAAUUCGAUGCAUCCAGUGAUCAUAAAUAAGGGUUGGUGCUUUUCAUCAUAUAAUGGUCCCCGUUGCGGAAAUUUUGUCGUUGAAGAUGGAGAGGAAUGCGAUUGUGGAUACACAGAUACUUGUGCAUUCAUUGACCCUUGUUGCUCUCCGCAGGGUAGCGUACCUGGAUCUGAUCCGCCAUGCACACUGCGACGAGCACUUGGAUAUGAAUGUUCAUCUAAGAAUUCUCCAUGUUGUACCGAUGAGUGCAAGUUUAUUUCAAGCAAGCUUCUACAUGUUUGUAGUACAAGGUCAGAGUGCACAAUAGAUGCUAUUUGUAAUGGAACUGCUGCCAAUUGUCCAACGAAUGAAAAUAAAGUUGAUGAUACAUUAUGCGAUAAUGGUCGUAGACUGUGUCAAUCUGGAGUUUGUUUUAAAAGUAUAUGCAACAAGUAUAAUUUAGAACAAUGUGACUGUUCAGAAAUAACAGAAAAUGAAUGCCUAAUUUGUUGUAGACAUUCAAAUUCAACACAAUGCUUUCCCGCAUCAAACUUUGCAAUAUAUGACGAAAACAUGAACAUUUUACAAAUCAAACCUGGAGAUAGAUGUAAUAAUGUGGCCGGGUACUGUGAUAACAAUGGCAAGUGCGUGUCUAAAAGUGAUACGAGUGCAAUGGAACGAAUAUUCAGUGAAGAAACAGGUGAUGAAAUUAAAAAAUGGUUCGGCAAAUACUGGUACUAUGUUUUGACUGGAAUUUCCUUAUUAGCUUUUCUUGCUGUUGUUUUUGUGGCAACUAAAAAGAAAACAGAAAACGUUCAACUGGAUGCUUUUAGGUUAGGUAGAUUAGAAAAUUUUGUUGAUUCUGCCGAGUUAGAAAUAAGUCAGCAGGUAGACAAUUUAAAGGAGAAAGAAGACAAUUUUGAAAAAAUGAUCGAAUCAAUUCAGCGAGGCGACGAAUCUAUAGAUUAUGUGCAAGCAAUUGGCAGACUCACAACUUUUUUCCCUACAGCUCCUAUAAACAUUGUGACAGAAAUAGCAAGAAAAUCAACAAGUGAGAGCGUUGCUGUUCGCUUAAUCAUACUGAAAGGAUACCCUGUGCAAAAAGUAGUCGUAAACGAAUUGUCAACAACUAUAACUGCCUAAUAACAUCAUUGAAUUAAGAAAUUGAAUGCAAAAUGUAUCUAUAUAAAAUGUAUAACUAUAAGUCAAAAACAACUUUUAAAUUUAUUUUUAUGACAGCACACUGACUCACUGAAGUUAUAUGAAAACGGGAACUAAAUCGUUUUAUCACGAUAAAUAAUAAGCAUGCAGUGACUAUAUGCCGGCUUCGGCAAAUCAUCCUCUAAAGUGCUAUUGUACCGGUUCCGACAUAACAGCAUCAGUACUGUUCUAUAUUACCGGCUCCGACAUAUAAAUAUUCACAAUUUUGAUAUUUUGCCGAUCUUUAUUCAGAUA